AUGUGUUCUACAACAGUUAGUAACGUAUUGUACGGCUAUUUUGGUCUUAAUAAAAGUAAAUUGAAAUGGUCAGGAACUUUGGAAGACCUUAAAGCAUUUGUCCUCACGGAAAUUAGUGAAGAAAUAGCCGAAAAUACAUCAUGGCGUUCACCGAGCGGCGGGACAUGGCAGUUUGAUUCUAAGAUGCUAUCAGUUACAUGGCAUAGUAAAAGUGAAAAUAUUUACUUCAAAGGUGAAAAAGGCAGCGAUCUCACCACACGAGUAUAUUCCUACGUAAAUCUGGGGCUCGGGGAGAGUGAUCAAACGGUGGUGAGUGGAAGUCCUACAGAAACCGAGCUAGAAAAGUCCAUCGAAAGUCUGUUAGCUAGCAAGAAUGAACAUAUGAAUGAUAUUAAUAAAACUAAAGAUAUACCAACUAACGAGGGAGCUAGCGAGGAUGAGAAUACGAGUGAUAUUGAAAAAACCGAAGAUACAUCAACUAAAGAGGGUAAUCCUGUAAAGGCUUCAAAUCGACAUCUUGAUUUUAGUAACAGUAUUAUUCAUGAAGCCCAAAGUUCAAAGGAAGAAACGAACACAAACUUGUCAACAAGUGUAAAUUUGCAUAAAGAACCAAUGAAUUUGCAUAGAGUGCCUCAUUCCUAUAUUCCUUUGGGAGACCCGAACAAAAACUAUAAUCCAGAGUUUGAUAUCGUUGCAUUGAAAUUUAAGCUGGAGAGCUUUGCUGAGAACGUCGACAGCAAAUUUCAAGCUCUUACAAAAGAAGUGGCUGACAUUAUUUCGAUUAUAAAGUUUAUUCGAUUAUAAUUCUCGAGAACACUGUCCAUGAAUUAAAGAAAGAGAAAUAUGACCUAAUCAAAGCUAACAACGACUUAAGAGAGAAGAACGAAGUAUUACAUCAAAAAAUUUCGGAUUUUAAUUCGACAGUACAAAGAUUGGAAGAUGAGAAGCAGAGUCUAAUCACAACCCUAAAGCUAGUUCAAAAGGAAACUCAAACUGUUCAGCCGGAUUUAAAUGACAGAAUGCAAAACCUUGAAAACGAAAAUAAGAGCUUAUCAACGGCAUUAACACUCUUGCAACACGAAUUAGAUAAUACUCAACAACAUAAAUGGAAAGUUGUAAAGACGAAGUAUAAUAAACCACCUUCAGAGACCCCAGCAGGAUCAAAUACUAUUGAAACAAAAAAUCAAUAUACAACCCUUAGGGUCACUGAUGCUGAACAUGACGAUAUUCCAGCAAGACUGAAUACCCAACAGAUUCUAGAUGAAACUUCGAAUACAACCAAACACAGCAACAUACAGAUGGUUGGAAAAAGCAGUGGUCCAUCAAAUUCUAAUGAGUCAAGUCGUGACUCACAACGUAGUCAACCUAGAAUAGCUAUCCUCGGAGAUUCGAUGAUUAAACAUUUGGACACCAAACGAAUGCAGAAUGGAUUGAAGAAAGGAAAAGUAACGAUUAAGACAUUUCCUGGUGCAGGUAUUGACCAAAUGAAGCAUUAUGCAGUACCAACUCUAAUUACCAAGCCAAAGACACUUAUAUUUCAUGUUGGAACCAACGACUUACAUAACAAAACACCAGAAGAUCUAAUAAAUGCAAUGAAUGAUCUUGGUGAAACGAUCCAUAGACAGAACAACGAUCUGGAACUUAUAUGGUCGGAAAUAAUAACUCGAACUGAUGAUCCAAACUUAGCAGAAAAGGUAAAUGUAGUCAAUGCCGAGCUCGCUAAAUUAUGUACAGAUAAGGGCUGGGGACUUAUUAAACACAACAACAUUAAAGGAAGUCUUUUAAAUAACUCUGGUCUACAUUUAAAUAAACAUGGAACUACUAUAUUAGCUAAAAACAUAAGACAAUUUCUUAGCAGCCAUUGA